UGAUUGGCUGAAAAACAUGUCCAUCAACACUUGACCUCGGCGGCACGACUUCCGGGUGAGUGAUUCGGGGCCUGUAACGCGUGGUUGAUCCGUCAGCCUGAGGGGAGCAGCGCUGAUUCCGAGAAAGGAUGGGGGACUCAUCCGGCGAGGAUCGUUUCGAUGGCAUUCUGCUGGCAAUGGCCCAGCAACAUGAAGGAGGCGUUCACCAGCUUGUGGAUACAUUCUUCAGUUUUCUGAGGCGCAAAACCGACUUCUUUACUGGUGGAGAGCAGGGAGCAGCUAACAAAUUGGUCACAGACACUUUCAAACGCCACCAUAAAUUAGCAAUACAGGUUCAGAUGGAGAAGGAGGUGAAAAAGGAAGCAGAGAGAAAAGAAAAAUUGGAACGGGCAAAGCUUAUACAAGAGAAGGAGAAAUCUGAACCAGAACUGAAGCAGCCAAAGAUCAAGGAGCUGACUAAUGAGGAGGCAGAGAAAUUGCAGAAGGAGAUUGACCAGAAAAAGGAGCAUAAGAAACUGGAAAAUGAAGGAGAUGAAGUCACAAUCAAUGGGGAGAAGAAUUCAGAAAAACUGGAAACAAAACAGGCAGAAUCUGAGUCUGAAGGUGAAGAGGAUGAGAAGGAUAAAGGAAAGCUGAAGCCCAAUGCUGGAAACGGUGCUGAUUUGCCAAACUAUCGGUGGACCCAGACCCUGUCCGAGGUUGAUCUCCUGGUUCCUUUCCAAGUCAACUUCAGAUUGAAGAGUCGGGAUCUCAUUGUAGAGAUCCAAAGACGCCACUUGAAAGUGGGUCUGAAAGGCCACCCUCCUGUGAUCGAUGGUGAGAUGUUCAAUGAUGUGAAGGUGGAGGAAAGCUCAUGGCUGCUAGAGGAUGGAAAAAGCAUUAAUAUACAUCUAGAGAAGAUCAAUAAGAUGGAAUGGUGGAACAAAGUAGUAACAACAGAUCCUGAGUUAAAUACCAAAAAAAUUAACCCUGAGAAUUCAAAGUUGUCAGACUUGGAUGGUGAGACACGGAGCAUGGUAGAAAAGAUGAUGUAUGAUCAACGACAGAAAGCCAUGGGACUUCCAACUUCAGAGGAACAGAAGAAACAAGACAUACUGAAAAAGUUCAUGGAGCAACACCCAGAGAUGGACUUCUCAAAGGCCAAAUUCAGUUAAAAAAUGCAUCUUCCCCAGAGCUGCAGGGGCUACCCAAACUUGUGGAAGAUUUUCUCCAGGAAGGACGCCCUUUUUGAGCAUCACUUAAAGCCUUGAAACCUGGUUUCUGAGCUUGUAAAUCAUUCGGGUUAUUCAUUGUGUGGAGAGCAGUUGUGAACCUGGCAGUUGCAGUGCAGUCACUAUGCUGGCAUCUACUGGCUGCCCAUUAACAAUGUCAUUUUCUGGCUGAUCUUACAUAACUACCUAAGCACCUUCUGGUGAUGCCAGUUCGCAGGCUUGUUGUAAACUUAAUUACUUUUUCAAAUUACCUUUGAUUGUUGCUGCUGAUAACUGAGGGAGAUGCAUCCUUUUUCAGUGAGUUUGAGCAACAUCCUGCUAAACACAUUGUAAACAGGUGUUACCCAGAACUUGCUCAAUGGUUUGUUAUUUCUCCCUGUUCAAGAAGUUCAAAUAGGCAUUCCAUGUAGCAGUAGCUCAUUUUGAUCAACGUUUUGCAAAUGAACAUAUGUAGAAGCUUUCCAUUUCAUUGAGACUUUCCAUGAGCACUAUGCAAAACCUGUCCCCCUGCUAAUAUUUGAAGCAGGGUGAGCUUGCGUUCAGAUAUUUUUUUGCUGAUUACUUAACAUAUGCUGUAGCCCAGUUGUGUCUAUAUUGCCACAUAUGCUUCCAGGGGCUACCUUGUGUUAAGUUUUGAAGUCAUCCGGUUGAUUGAACUGCUACGCAAUGCCAGGUGAAGGUCAAAGUGUUGUAAAUAUCAGGGUCAUUGCUCUCCAUUUCCUUGUCUGUGUUUCCAGGUCAGUAACAGGGUGGCGAGAUAAAUUGUUGAGUGCAGUGCUGGUCCUCGUGGGUGUGUUUUAUGUUUAUUUUAAUUUGUUUGCAUUGAUGCACUUGGACGCGAUGCUGGAACUCAUUUCUCAAUAAAGUCAAGCCACUA